AUGGACACCGAUGUUCACCCUCUGGGAAUGUUCAGGGUGAAUCUACCACUUCGGAACUUUCCGCCUUUCGCUGAAGCGUUCAACUGCUCCAUUGGAACUCCAAUGAAUCCGUACGAAAAAUGCCGAGUCUGGUAA